CAAAGCUAUAAUGCUUAUCGUGGAUAUCAGCACCAAAAGUGUUGUAAUCAUGAACGUAAGUGAGAAAGCAAUCUUCAACUCAAACGAUCAACAGCUAUGGCAUUAGUUGUAGUCACAGGACUACCAGCUAGUGGAAAGACUAGAAGGAGUAAAGAAUUAUUCGAUUAUUUGGAGCCUAGAUUAGCUGAAAUUAGUGAGAAGAGUCAAGGUGCCCUUAAAGGACGUAAUUUAGCGAUUAGAUUAGUAUCAGAGCACGAUUUUGAUCAUGAUAGGGAAAUUUAUCGAGAUACACGGCUAGAGAAACCUGCGAGGGGUGCAGUAUAUGCAGCUGUUGAACGCUAUUUAGACAAAAAUACAAUUGUUAUCUGUGAUGCACCAAAUUAUAUCAAAGGAUUUAGGUAUCAGCUCUAUUGUACAGCUCGAGAAGUUGGUGCACUCAAUAUGACACUUUGGACUAUUGCAACUCCUGAUCAAGCUAGGGAAUUGAAUGGACAGAGGGAAGAUGGUUAUUCAAAUCAAGUCUUCGAAGAGCUUGCGUUUAGAUAUGAAGAACCUAAUGGUGCGAGUAGAUGGGAUCAACCAUUAGUUAGCGCUAUAUUAGAAGAUAAGACAUUGAAUUAUGGACAAAUAGUCGACAUUUUGACAACUCAGAGACAGAAAAAGGUAAAUAUAGGUGUUAUGACGAUGCCAGCAACAGCUGCCAACUAUUUACAAGUAUUGGAAGCCACAACUACACAAGUUUCCGGUGCUAUCACAACAGCAUCAGCUGACAACGCAGGUGUUGGUGGUUCCGCCAACAUCGCGCUUCCCCAAGAUUUACUUCCGUUACCACAAAAGGAUUUCAGAGAUCCGAUGCGUCCAGUUAUUGACUUACCAGUCAAACAGAUCACGCCCGCACAGAUGAACAGGUACAGACGUGCGUUUGUGGGUUUACAUAGGAAUGAUAAGGCUAUUGAUGCCAAAUCAGUUGCUGGUCUUUACUUGUUGUUCAUACAGACUACUUUGAAUGCAUAA